AGCUUUGGGUCAGCUUUCUUUUCAGAUUCCAUUUCCGAGAGGUGCUGACCAGCCUUUCAGAGAAGACUCUGAAAGCACACAAACCCCUGCACCAGCGUCUGCCGAGCGCACAAUGCACAAUGUCAUCUCACAGACUGGAUAAUUUACACUCUCGCCCACUUCCUAGCCUGGUCACACAUUGUACGGUAUUUGCACAUACUGUUUAUGCAGGUAACAAAAAACCUGAAGAAAUAAAGUGCAAUGUACAUCUUACCUACCAGCAGUUUACAGUCACACUCAGAUGCGUGGCUCUCUCCUGAUCUCACAGAAACAAAGCAAAUUAUGAGAAGGGCUCUUGGUAAAAUAAGGGUAGACUUUGUCCUGAUGACCUCAGAGCUGGAGAUGUCAAACUGUAAUCAUAUCACCUUUUUAUUCCUCUUUAUCCUGUCCCACUCCUACAGCCACUCACGUCUUCCCCUUUACCUGAGUCUGCCACAUCUUGUGUUAAGCAUUUGGCCACACAAACAGCUGACUCCACGUUCAGUCCGACGGAGGUGGCUGGGGACCAUUGCCAGAGGAGCAGCAAGGAUAUCAACAGCCAGCUGAUAUUUCUGGCCUGCAGUAGGUAUAGGCAGGAAUAAUUCCCAUCUUUUCACUGUUUAGUUUUUCAAGUGGAUUAUUGGCUUCACUUGAAAUGAACAAUUAACGAUCUUAAAUGCUGUCAGCACAAACAACUGGUGCUUGCUGUGGACAGGACAAGGUUGUUCUUUUUAUAGGCAGGGGUUCUGUGGAGAAGUCAGGAUCUUGGUUCAGGUCUCCCAAAUCCCCAAGCAGUACUUUAGGCAUUGAAUCAUCCUUUCGCUCCAUUCUUCAAUCAGCACAUUGUGGGUUUUCACCCUAUAUUUACUCCUCAGAUAUUUUGUUGUUUCAGGCUCUCUAAACUGUAGUCAGUAGUGCUUGAUUACUACUGCACUGUGAUGCUACCAGGCUCAUUUAUUAAUAAAUUGCUGCACCAGAUUUUAAGCUCUCCUUAGCAACUACUGCCUAUAGAAUAUGUAAAGGUACCCAAACAAGCUGAACAAAUAAUUUUACAUCACAAGGUCACAUCAAAAAUCUUUUCUCUUGUUCCAGAAUAAACAAACAGUUAUGGCAGGUAACUGUGUUGAUUUGCAACCAUUUCAAUAAAUAAAAUCAAACUGUUAAAUCAUACUGUUUCACAAAGAUAAUUUGUUCAGAUCAGUAAAGACUCCAGCUAUGUUAAAAAGAAGAUUUUUGAUGGCUGAGCUGUUGGACCAAGAGCCAGAACUCUAGAGACUUUUUGGGCUUCUGCCUUUUAUCUACCACAUACUGUUUGUAAUAAUUGAGCAAACAGUCCUGCCUCUGCCUUCAUCAACGUAUUUGUCUAAUCUUUCUGAUAAGAGAGGCCCAGUCAGUACUUGUAAAAUCCUAUAUAGCUCUAGAGAAUAUGUUCUUUUUGCAGAAAAGUCAACAUAGACAGCGGCUAAAGAUCAUAUAAGAUUAAGACAUAAACUGAUGUUCAGUGAGUAUCCAAACUUGAAGGCACAAAUAGACAAAUAGGUUUUAAUUAUGUAUACACAGCAAAAACUGUUGACUCAAAUAGAUGUUUUUAAACAAAAUCCUUCAUGUUCCUCUAAUUUCUGCUCCAUUAUAUCUGUGUAAACUGUAAAAUGUUACCAAAUCAUUAUAUUCUUUCUACAGGUUGAAACAAAGAAUCAAGUCACAAACAAAUAAUUAAUUAAAUUCCCUUUUUAUAUAAAGUUACAGCUUCUUAUGUGGACUUGCUCUAAGUUGUUUAAGAGCUGGAGAGAUGGCAGUGCCUAUUCAUUUUACUAUUACCACCAAAUGUAUAGACUCCCAAUUUCAAUUCUCUCCCCGCUACUGAAAAAAGUUUUAAAUGGCAAUGAAAAACAACAGGAAAUAAGAAACUAGAUUUACAAAGAGGAGUUAGAUUUGCAAACCAAUAUUUUGAUCUCAUUUGAAGUGAUGAAUUUUAUAAGACUAUGUUAUUGUAUACAUUUUAGACACAGUUGCAGUUUUCUACACUGAGUCUGUGAGUAAAUGUGAAUGUUGGCAGCUCCUAGAGAUUCAUGUCAAAGCAAAGACAAAUUCCAGGCUUCUUGUUAUUGCUCAAAUGUUCUUCUUUAUGGAAAAAAUAGCUUCAACACAGAAAUUCAAUAGCGUAAGCAAAGAGGAAGUUUUGGAAAGCCUGUGACUAAUUUCUCCUGUUCUAUUGCACUUACCUUAAUGAGUCAGUGUAGGAUGUGUUGUUUAGACAUUGGUGUUCUGUAGGUUAUUAGGAUUUCUAAGGUAACAUGUAAUUAAAAAUAUGUUGUGUUUCAGGUCUUCACUGAAAUAAGUGUUUUAAUCCAGGUAUUAAAACAAAAAUAAUUUUGACAGAAGUGAAGUGUAUAGCUUCAACUGAGAUGUAUUUUAUAUUGUUUCAUUUAUUUAAUAAAAUAAGUAAAUAUUUAAACAGGAUGCUGUUUAAAUAAAGUAAGUAUUUAUACAUUUUAAAUAUUUAAAUUAAAUGUUGAGGUCUUUAGAGCUUUCUCCAAUGUGAUGGUGUUGACCAGAACAAUUUUUUGAAUUUGUCAGUUUUACCAGUGUUCGCAUUACUCUAACUUAGUAUCUUUUUAAUUAAUAAGAAGUUGGAAUACAAGUAUUUAUCAUGAUGAAAGGGAAAUUCAGAAUAAGAUAUCACUGUGCAGCCUCACAUGGCUUUUCAUUCUAAUUCACUUAUCAAACAAGACCACACACAUUCAAAUAAGAAUUCAAAGAGAUGGUGCAUGUGUUGGGCAAGUGGCCAAUAUGAAGAAUGUUUUCUUGUAAGUAAAUAACAUUGCAGUGUUGUCAUAAUUUCUCGCUGCUUUUUAAAAAUAAUUCAGAAAAAAAAAAAACAACUAUUUUUUACACAGAUAUACUUAAGAGGAUUUGUAAUUAAAAUCUGAGAUGCUUCAAAGAUGUUUUUGUUGUUUUGUUUUGUUUUUAAUUUUUCUAUUUAGAGGGAAGUAAGAAUGAAAAGUAUAAAAAUAAUUGGUAAACAACCAGUCUCAAGCUACAAGGUCCCAGCAGGUAAUCACAUAAAAUAUUAUUUAUGGGUGCAAGCCUGGAAAAAUACAGCAGUCAUCACACACUACUGGGAAGUCAUGUUCACAGAGGCUCAUGCCCAAAACACCUACAGUGGGGUACAAAAAACAGCAAUUUUCAAAAGCACAGGAAAGGCUGACCUGGGCUUUAGCGGGUCCAAGUUUCAGCAGCCCUUCCCAUACACCUCUUCUCCUUUAACCCCAGCUCCUUGGCAUGGUCCUCCCCCCACUAAGAGAGGGAAGGGCUCCCACCACAACAAAAACCUAGAAAAUCCUGGUUCGAAUUUGGCACUGAGAUGACAGUUCAGAGCUGUUGAUCAAAUUAUUGUUCCGGACACAGUUCAUCACACAAAAGAACUGCUAGUUGCCAAGGACCUGUACUUGAGACCUUUAUUUAGUGGUCACAGGAGGACCAAAGUCACGCCAUAUGACUUGUAUGAUUUCACAAGAACAAAGUAUUUCACAUACCUAGAAAAUUACUACAGCCACCAUUGGAGAACUGAAGAAAAAAAAAUCCCAGGGCUUUCCUCCAAAAUGUAACAUCACACACAUCUCACAUGGCCAACAAAACACUCAGACCACACUCAGUCACCCAGUUGUCCUCAGGAUGCAUCUUUGAAUUUUCUCAGUAACCUCUGUACUGCUACUUACCUACUGCUUCUGAAUUUGAAACUUUGUCCAGAUUGCCAGGAAGGACGAGAAGUAGGCUCAGUAAUGUCUUGCCUACCAUAAUGAUUCUGAAUGCCUGUAAAAAGCAAGAUCCAGGCACUAUGGCUGAGCACAACAUCAGGAGAGUAAAGUCACUGCAGGAGGCAGCUCUGACAACCUGGUGAAUUUUCAAGGGAGGAUAACAUUUUACUUGUGCUCUCAUUCCUGCAUAAUUUUGCACAAAGUUACCAGAGAGAAAUAACAGUGUUGCCACUGCUACAAAAGCCCAGAUACUUUGGAGGUUGUGGCUGCCUCUCUCCCACUGAACUCGGAUGAAAUUUUUGAACUGGAGAAGAGUGCUGUGAAUUUGGAGCUUCAGAGCCUUUCUCUUCAGAAAAGACUUUGAGCAUAAGAUUUUUGAGGAGUCAAUGUUUUAUUCUUAGAACUGCUGACAUUUGAGGGAAGUAAGCUGUCUAAUCUAAGGGCAAUUUUGAACCCAGAGUUCAGGAUGGAAGGAUUUGAGGGGGAACAGAAGAAUGCAAAGUUAAGCAACCAAGUGAUGCACACCAAGAGUGAGUAGCAUUCCUAGUUUUGGGGAAAUGCAUCAUCCGGCUGAAGUUAUACACAGUAUGGAAAAUAAGAGUAAGAGAAAGGGCAGGGAAGGGUGCAAAGCUAGUUUUGUUUCACCAGCAUGAUUCCCACUACCUUCAGGGAGCUGGAAUUCAGCUAUAUCUGUUUCUGUCAUCAGUCUGAAGGAAACAUACACUAAAUUGGCACUUUCCUUCCUCUGUGCCACUUUAAACAAUGGCAGCAAAGAGAGGAAAUUUCAUAGGAUGUAGAGGAAGUUCCAUCCUAGCCAAUACUGGAAACAUUUCUCAUCAUCGCACAUAAGAAGCAUGGAUUGAUCUAGCCUAUAAUAAUCAGUGAGCACUAACAAAGAAUUUCCAGCAGAUAAAUGUUUGUUACACCACUGAUAGGAGACAACUUUUAGAAUUUUAUGCUCUGUUUUGCAGUCCAUUUCUCUCAUUUCAAAGAGGUCUCCUGUUCACUUCAGAAUUUUUAACAGAAGAAAAAAAAUGACUGAAACUCCCCUACUGAAGAUUCCUUCCUCAAACCAGAGUGAAAACAACAACUCCACUAUUUGCCUGGACUUGGAUGACUGGUGGGAAAUUGUGUACUAUGUAAUACCCAAGUAUAUCGACACCAUCUGUGUUAUUGGAAUGCUUGGAAAUGUGUUUGUUCUCUUAACCUACUCACUGCACAAGAGCCCCCUGAACAUACCUGAAAUCUACCUUAUGAACCUAGCUGUGGCUGACCUUAUCUUCCUCACAUGUCUCCCUUUCUGGGCAGAGAACAUCAGGAAUGAAUUUAACUGGCCGUUUGGCAAUUUCCUUUGUCGUACAACCAGCACAUCCAUCCUCCUGAACAUGUACACCAGCAUCUACUUGCUAGUGGCAGUCAGCGUGGAACGCUAUUUUACUUUUGUUCAUACCUUGAACCACAGAGGGAUACGGAGCAAAACUAUGGCCAAAGGGAUCUGCUUGCUCACCUGGUUCUUCGGUAUCCUUCUCAGCAUCCCAACCUUUAUGUUUCGGACUGUGAAACACUUUCCUGACUGGAAUAUUUCAGCAUGCGCUCUAGAAUACCCCACCCCAUCAUGGGUAACAGCGGAAAGCCUGGUGUUCAACAUAGUGGGGUUUGCAUUGCCAUCUACAGCAAUCAUCUUCUUUAACUUCUCUACCAUUCGCUACCUACGAAAACAAGUGGGAAGAGCACUCAGAAUAAAGAGUUGCAAGGGGCACAGAGGUACAAAGGCUACCAGAAUGAUCUUCACAGUGGUAUUGAUCUUUCUUUUGUGCUGGACUCCCUAUCAUUUUUUUGUAUUCCUUGAUAUAUUAUACCAAACAGAAGUGAUCACAGGCUGCUUCUGGGAGAAACUGCUCAACUUUGGUGAGCAGUUUGGUCAUACUCUGGCUACCACCAACAGUUGCCUUAACCCUGUGAUUUAUGUCUUUGUUGGGAAAUACUUCAGGCAAAAGGCUUUAGAAGUUUUUUCACAGUUUAUUCCCUGUGGAUUUCCUUUGAGCUCGGUAUCUUUCAAAGAAAAGUCUUCGUAUUUCAAAGUGUUUCCAGUCAGGAGUAGUUUAACUUAACGUUUCUUGGUUCCAUCUUCACUUUCAUACUACAGCUUGUUUCAAAUAGCAUUAAACAUUAAUUGCACUGAUCUGGCAUUUACAAACUAAGAUGAUUAUUUAUUGAAGUAAAUCUCUUGACUGCAUAUUUGUCUUAAAUUGGCUUUCUUCUUCUGUGUUAUCCAUUCAAAUGCAUAACAUGUGAUACCAGAAUUUUGUACUAAAUUAUCUAACCUGUUUUAUCAGUUGUCUGUGACUUGAAAGAAAAACUGUUUGACAAGAUAUCACAAGUUUGAUUUCUUUACAGAAAGCCAUAAGCUGACUGAACAUUUUACUACACUGUAUUUGUGAUGACAACUACUAUGCCACUAAUACCACUAUACAUAAAGUUAUACCAUGUACUACAGACCAAAUAUGAGCUUAAUCUACGGUUGAUAGCUGCAUAUGAAUAGAAUAACUCCAGUUAUUUUUAACAAUAUUUUAAAUGGUUUGCACUUUCAUAGUGGCAUAUGGAAAAACUGAAUAAUUUUUUGUGCAUGUCAAAUAUCUGCAGUGCUUAAAGUUGCACAAGACAGCAAACGACAAAGAAAGUAUACAUAAACUGUAGAAAAAUUGAAGCAACCUGAUAUCAUCCUUAAAACCUGACUUUUUUGAGUUAAUAAAAUUUUAUAUAAUUA